GGCGCAAUGGUAAAUCGCCUGCUACCAACAAAUGUGGGGUGCUCUGCCUUUUGGCUGGGUGUUGAACUUUUGGAAGGUUCAAAAGCGGCAGAAUUUUUUUCUGCUGGCUCUCGCUGCUUCACCGACCGAGCGAACCCGCAGGCUGGGUUCGCCCCACCUUUCCCGCAGCAGCCCCGGGAGCUCCACUGGUUUCGAGAUCCACUUUCAGCUGCUUGUUCAGCGGUACCCUCACCAUGAGAGCUCUCCACCUGUGAGCUUGAUCUCACUGUGAGGCUUCACCACGGCACUGGGUUCAUGCUUUUUGCGUGAUAUCAAAACCGUUAGACACAGGCCGGAUAGAACUAGUUUAACUGUUAAGAAGAUUUAAUCCAGUUCCAUUCUGUCAUCAUGCCCUCUCCCUAUCAUUUACCAUCCAUCCUCUUUGUACCUUCCUACUGAGGUAAGCCUGGAAAAUGGGUUGCAGGAAGGAGUUCUUGGACAGCUGCAACCCCACAGAGGGCCUGUGGGAACACGGUGCCAGACUGCAGAACCAUAAAAGUCAAUCCGAUCCGCGCCCCUGAACAACGACGUCUUUCUCAACGGUGUAAGACAGCAUCUCGGUCUCAUACCCUUAACUUAGUGAGCUAUCAUAAGUCAUCUCCCCCUCGAGAAGACGACGAGUCCGAGCCCACGGACCUCAAUUCCGAAGUCAUCAUCUGCAAUCCCACCCUUCAGAUCAACCUCUCAUCACACCUCGCAUUUCAUUUAAAUCUCCCUUCUCCCCAUCUCAUUCACCCUUCAAAAUGGACAUCAUCGAACAACGCCUCGGCGUCCCCCCUCACAUCGCCGGCCCAGCCGCCACCUUUGCCUUCUUCGCCUUCUUCCUCAUCAAGAAAAUGGGCCUCUUCACCAACACCAACCACUUCCCCGUCGAGGGCAAGACAAUCCUCAUAACCGGCGCCUCAGAAGGAAUGGGCCUAGCAGCCGCCAUCCUCCUCGCCAAAAAAGGCGCCUCCCUCAUCCUCGUCUCGCGCAACGUGGGCCGCCUAGAAGAAGCCCUUGUCAAAGUCACCGCCGCUGCCAGGUCCCCCUCCAAGCAACGGUUCACCUACAUCUCUGCCGACGUCUCGGAACCCAACUACGCCGAGUCGGUCAUCGCCCAAGCCAUCGCCUGGAACGCCGGUGCGGCCCCCGAUAUCGUCUGGUGCAUAGCCGGCCUGUCAAGCCCCAUGCUCUGGGCCGACCCCGCCAACGACAGCAUCGCGGCCACCCGGAGAAACAUGGAUGUCAACUUCUUUGGUUCGGCCGAGAUGAGCAGAGCCAUCUUGAAGGAGUGGCUCGCUCCGGAGAAUAAACCCAAGGAUACAGGGGUUAUCGGCCAGAAGCCGGAGCCGAAGCACAUCGUUUUCACCGCGUCGAUGCUGGCGUUGUUUGCGAUUGUGGGGUAUGGGCCUUAUACGCCGAGCAAGUGGGCGUUGAGGGGGUUGGCGGACACGUUGAAUAUGGAGUUGAGGAUGUAUCCUGAUCAUCCGGUCAAGAUUCAUGUUGUUUACCCGGGGACGAUUACUUCUCCUGGGCUGGAGAGGGAGAACAAGACCAAGCCGCAGAUCACGCUCGAGUUGGAGAAAGAGGAGCCGGCGGAGAGCCCGGAGACGGUGGCGGAGCGGGCGGUGAAGGGGUUGGAGAAGGGCCAAUAUAAUGUCACGGUCAGUACGUUGGGGGAUUUGAUGAGGUGUGGGAUUUUGGGGGGGAGCGAGAGGAAUAACUGGGUUUGGGAUACGGUGGUGGGGUGGGUGGUGCCGGUGAUUUACUUUUUUGUGAUUAGGAUUAUGAAUGCGCAGGUGGCGGGGUGGGCGAGGGUGAAUGGGCAUCCGCAUGUCAAGAAGGCGGCUGCUUGA